GCGUUUAGGCGAAGUAGCCUCCACUAAUUUCUGAGUCAGAGGCCAUGGAUUUCAUGUCCACGCUCAUACGUGCGGUGAGCCUUCGCUUUCAUCUUGUCAGAAGAAGAAGAUGCCCCUCCAAGCAAGCAAUAAGGCCGGUUUGGUUUCUCUUCUGCACGCCGAUUCCUCUGAUUGACCUUUUUAAUCACCACCCCAUUUUGUUUUUCUCAUCAUCUUACUUGGUUUCCUUCAUCUUUGGUCGAAUUUCAAUUUGUUGCUCCAGUCAUCGCCCUUCCUUUUCUGCCUAUCAAUUGCUUUGUUCCCUUCCCUGUCUAUUUGGCCUCUGAAAGGAAAGUAGAUAACAGGGGUCCUGUCUUUUUUUUUUUUUGGUGAUUUUGUUCCCUGCACUCGGCUAAAAUAGAAAGAUGAGUGCGUUUACACCCGUCAGAAUCUGAAACCACUUAUUUUAUCCGGAGAAAAAAAUGAAGCAUUUUCCUGGGACACCUGGUACUCUCACUGCGCUGGUUCUGAGGUUGUCACAGUGCACUUUCGCUGUUGGAUCAAUUGCUGCUAUGGGUACCACAUCCAGUUUCUACGGUAUCACGGCUUUUUGUUACUUGAUAGCUUCAAUGGGUUUGCAAGUCGUUUGGAGUUUUGUGCUUGCCUUGCUGGAUGCGUAUGCUUUAGUGAGAAAGAAGGUCCUUCACAAUUCUCUCUUGGUUAGCCUGUUCGUUGUUGGAGAUUGGGUAACAGCAACAUUAUCUCUAGCAGCAGCUUCUGCCUCAGCCGGCAUCGCAGUCCUAUACUUCAAUGAUGCGGGAAGCUGCAAGUUCGGACAAGAAUGUCAGAGGUAUCAGAUUUCAGUUGCUUUGGCUUCCUUGAGCUGGAUAGCUAUUUUAGUCUCAUCUCUAAUUAUGCUUUGGCUAUUGGCUGCAAGGUAGCAGCCUCUAUAAUCAAUCAGAAUUCGCUCAUCUAACAGAAGCCCAUCUCGUUGGAAUCCUUUCAUUUCAAAAUGUUAAUAGGAGAACAGAUAGAAUAGCGCCUUACGCUAGAACUUCAAUUUUUUUUUUUUUUCAUUUUAAUAAGGGAUUGGGUUUGCAGCAGAUUGUAAAGGAAAAUGGAAAGAAAAAAAAAAUUGUAGAUGUUCUUUUAAAAAAAAAAAUUGGCUUGCAAAAAAGUUAUCUAUGGAUAGUGUUAUGGCAAUAUGUAAAUCUUAUUGUGGUAAGAUCAAGCCUAAAUUACUGGAAAUAGUAUUUUGAUAGAUAUUUGUGUUA